AUGAGCACUACCACCACCCGUCUAGCCCACUCUCUUCGUGCAGGAACAUUCAGACCUGCCAAUCGCUCAGUUCCAUCAUACAGCUCUACGCUCUUUCAUCGCACCAAUGCAUCCGGUCCGUCAAACUUAAGAUUCUCUCGUGCCGAUUUGCCCGCCUUUGCCCGACCAUUCCAUGCAUCACACACGGCGCAUGAGUUUCACUUUGACACUCACCACUUCGUGCAGCGGCUCGAGCGCGAGGGGCUCAACCGUGCACAAGCGGAAGGCAUAAUGGAUGCCAUGGCGGAGGUCAUCGACGAGAGUAUACGGAACAUGACGAGCAAUAUGGUCACGAAAGCAGAGCAGGAGAAGCAUCAAUACACCCAACAAGUCGAUUUCGCACAGCUGAAAUCUGAGCUGCAGCUUAUCGAGAAGAACGACCUCGCUUCUUUGAAGUCUGAUAAUGACCGCUUGGUUGCGGAUAUGCAGAAGCUGAAGCAGCGAUUACGUGAGGAGAUCACGCGUACGCAGGCUGGCGUUCGACUGGAUCUUAAUUUGGAGAAGGGACGGAUGCGGGAUGAGAGCAGUGGGCAGGAGCUUAAGAUCAAGGAGGUGGACACGAGAAUCGAACAGGAGAUUGCGAACUUGAGGACAACGAUCCAGCAAUCGAAGGCGACGACGUUGCAGUAUCUUGUUGGAUUUGUGACUGGUUGUUCUGCGCUUCUAAUGGCUUACCUGAGAUUCAGAGUAUAA